ACAGAGCGCGUCGUAAAUAAAAGGCCGUUAAGGGGGGGGGUGAAAGAAUUCUUGGUGAUAAAACGCCAUGGCGAUAGAAAUUCCACGAUGUAUAGAAACCACGAUAUCAGCUCCACUGAUACAAUGGAGUUUCGAGGGCCUUCGAACAGCUUUAUCCAUCGGAUCAAUGGUUGGGUUUAUGGCAUUUUUAGAACUUCUGAUAAUGUUCAUGCGACCAGACAUCGUCGAUAGGGACAACAGAGUACGCGUUGUGUCUCCGGAAGACAUGCUUAGCACUUAUGACUUUGUGAUAAUUGGUGGCGGAUCUGCAGGCGGUGUACUUGCCAACAGAUUAACAGAGAAUGCAGACUGGAAUGUUUUGCUACUGGAAGCUGGCGACGACGAAGCGGUCAUAUCUGAGAUACCCGCGAUGUUCCUUAGUAUUCAACGUACUUACAUGGACUGGGCGUUCAAGACUGAACCUUCAACUAACUAUUGCAAAGGCAUGAUUAACAAUCAGUGCAGUUGGCCCAGAGGCAAGACACUUGGUGGUAGCAGUGCUAUCAAUUAUAUGCUAUAUGUACGGGCAAACCGUAAGGAUUACGACAUGUGGCGAGACCUGGGCAAUCCAGGAUGGGGAUACGAUGAUAUUUUGCCAUAUUUUAUAAAAUCAGAGAACAUCUCGAUUUCCGAUCUUCGUGAAUCACCUUAUCACGGAACCAAGGGCUAUCUCACCGUGGAAACUUACAAAUACAAGCAUCCGAUUGGAAGUUAUUUCAUGAAGGCCAUUCAGGAAAUGGGUUACGACGAAGUGGAUUCCAACGGAGAGACGCAAACUGGAGCUGCGUAUCCACAAGGCACUCUUCAAAAUGGCCUCAGAUGCAGCGUGGCGAAAGCUUACCUUCGCUCCAUAUCUAAUCGAUCAAAUCUUCACAUCAGCACAAAUUCAAUGGUUCAUAAGAUUUUGAUAAAUGAAACGACGAAAAAAGCUUACGGCGUCGAGUUUGUUCGAGAGAACGUAAGGUACACCGUUCGUGCUAAGAAUGAGGUGAUACUAUCUGCGGGUAGUGUACAAUCACCUCAGCUACUUAUGCUCUCAGGAAUUGGUCCGAAAAAGGAUCUAGAGGAGAUUGGAAUCCGCGUUAUUCUCGAUAGCCCUGGAGUUGGGCAAAAUCUUCAGGACCAUGUCGCACUCGGCGGACUUACCUACUUGAUUGAUCCACCAUAUAAUCUGUCAACAUCGACAUUUUCAGCUGCAGAACAGUUUUUGAUCCAACGUGAAGGUCCACUGUACGAUGCUUCAUUGUCCGAAGUACUGGCAUUUAUAAAUACAAGGUAUGCGAACAGUUCCGAGGAUUAUCCAGAUAUCCAAUUGUUCUUGGGAUCAACGGCUGAUAAUUUGAAUAAAGCAGGUAUUGAGCACGGUUUCGGUGUGAGAACAGACUUCUACGACAGUUUGAAUGCAGAUAUCAUCGGUAAUGAUUCAUACGGUGUAAUAACAUUGUUAUUGCACCCAAAGAGCAGAGGUUACAUCAAACUGAGAAAUAGUAAUAUUACAAGCCCUCCGAUUAUAGUUCCAAAUUACUUCGAUGACCCACAUGAUUUGGAUGUUUUGGCAGAAGGAGCCGUUGUUGUCUACAAUUUUAGCCAGACUCCGACUAUGAAGAAACUUAACGCAACAGCUAAUCCCAAUUUGAUUUCCGACUGUGCGCACUUAAAUUUUCCAUCUCACGACUAUUGGCGCUGCUACUCACGAUUCUAUUCGCUGACGAUUUACCAUCCAACUUCAACUUGUAAAAUGGGCCCCGAUGACGAUGGAAUGGCCGUAGUUGAUCCCCGCCUGCGAGUCCGCGGGGUGGAAGGUCUUCGAGUAGUGGACGCUUCAAUAAUGCCAAACAUAGUAUCUGGCAAUACCAACGCUCCAGUAAUUAUGAUCGCAGAAAAGGCAGCGGAUCUCAUUAAGGAAGAUUGGUGUGUUUAUCCACGUGCACGGAACCAAUCUGCCGAUUCCGACGCAAAUUGCAACUCCACAACUUAGUUCUCGACAGCGGUCACCGGAAUACGGGUACAGCUUGUCUAUUCGAUUUAGUCUUAGCGUAGCGCACAGAAAGAAAAGUGAUGUAAAAAAUAAAUCCCUACCUACAAAAAUCAAUAUUUUCUGCUUAUUUGAACGUAUACCGCAUAAAUCGAAAAAUCAAAUGAGUAUUUUUAGCACGGUUUUGAUAAUUUCAAAUAACCCAUUCAUAAUUUCUCAUUUCACUUACGACUAAACGGAAUAGAGAAGCUGUAUCUAGUUUGGCGUGCCGGACCCUACCUGCCCUGACUGAGGGACCGAGGUAUUUAACCGAGUGGAACAUAGUCAAGACCUCUGCAGGGACCGCCAGACGUUACUACAGCGAAGCGAGAUACCGGCCGAGCAACUCUGACAUCGCAAGGUUCAUUCUUACCAACUGUUGCAUAAGAUUUUAGUUUGCGAGAUAUUGAAUGAAAUAAGAAACUUUCAAAUAUUCUCAUGUAUUUAAAUAUAUAAUAUUUGCAAAAUCAGACAGAUUUUUCAUUCAGAAUUGAACGUGAUUAGUAAAACUCUGAUAACUUGUCAGUUGAUCAAGUAGGGAUCGCUCGGAACUUUCAAGGCAUUCAUUUUAUCCUCGCUCAACUGCUAUGUCGCUCGACAAAGAUAAAACUGAACUUCAAUUCUGGUACGAGGUAGCAGCAUAUGGUUAGAAAGUGAAAAACUCAAUAAAUGCGAUGAGUGUCGUUCACGAUGAUUUCUGUUGUACUGCCAGUUGAGCUGCAGUACUGAACUGGAUUUGUUCGAGAAAUAAAAAUGGAUGAAACGCUUAAUU